UCAUACAAAUUUGGUCAGAUUUCAUCGCAGUUGUAUUUGGACAUUUUAAAAGAUACCUACAUCAAGAUGAGAGCUGUGACACUUAUUGCUUUAUUAUUCGUGGGCGUCAAUGCCCUUCCUGAAGUCGACCCACAGAUAGCUCGUGAGUCUCGUGACACAGUGACAGCCACUACAAGACUAUGGGCUUCCUCGACUCAGCAUAAGAGGUUUGUGUUUGCAGCGAGUGUACGACAGGCGCGUAAUUCACAGGUUUUAGACCUGAUUAUGGAAGAAAUUGAGAAUAUCUCCCAGUCCAUAAUAGACAUGGGACUAGAUCCCUUGUUAAUAGAACACGAGUCUUUCGAAUAUCAGCUGCCUGUACCUGCACUUUUCAACGCGGCCGCCGAGGUGGAAGACGUUAGAAGCUUCGGUCUCAGUAACAUUGUGGUUGAGAACUUGAACCUCGUCCUCCUUAUCAUCUAUAACCGACUCGAUUUCCAUAUAGUAUUGCCACACAUUCAUUUCUUUGCUCGUAAAGCGAAAGGUCAAGUUGCGUCGUUUGGUGAAACAUUGACUGUAGAAGGAGACGGCAGUGUCGAUAUCCGAAACAUAAACAUAGUUGGUAGAGCAAAUAUCAGAGCGACUGGAGUUAUUAUCGGUGAUCUCAUAUCUGCCAUUCAAGUUGAUUUUACAGUUGGACAAAUUAGCUCAAAUAUUCGGCUAGCUAUCAACGGUCAGAAUUACUCUGAAGAAGUUAACAAUUUAUUCAACGUGAAAAUUCCUGCCGUUCUGGAUGAAUUCAGUGAUGAAAUCAACGAGCUGAUCGAAAUUAUCCUUUUGGACAUACUCAACGAAAACCUUUAAUCGACCUGAAUACGAACAAAGAAUAUCAAUUAAUAAAUGGACUCUUUUGAAAAGUA